AUGCUGCCCAAUGCAAAAGACUUUCAGUACGUAUGCUGUUUGCUUGGCUAUACACCACUGCACGUUGCCUGCGAGAAGGGUCAUGUCAAGGUGGUGGAGAUGCUGUUGAAGCACGGUGCUGAUGCUGAAGCCAAGGAGAUCGUCAGUACAGUACCUCCCUCUUUCCCCCUUGACCCCCCCUAUGAUGGUACACCCGUACCCCAUGAUGAUGAUGAUGAUGCUGCUGUACCUUUUGGCCAAACACCACUGCACAGAGCCUGCUUUAACGGUCAUGACAAGGUGGUGGAGAUGCUGUUGAAGCACGGUGUUGAUGCUGAAGCCCAGAACUACGUCAGUACAGUACCUCCCUCUUCCCCCCUUUACCCCCCUAUGAUGGAUGGCGAUACACCACUGCACGUUGCCUGCCGUUACGGUCAUGUCAAGGUGGUGGAGAUGCUGUUGAAGCACGGUGUUGAUACUAAAGCCAAGGACAACGAUGGCAAAACGCCCCUUGAUCUCGGACGUCAAUGCGGGCAUGGUAACAAGCUGGAGCCCGUGUUUGCUGCUCACGAGGCUCGCCUAUCACAACCACCCGCACCACUCGCUCCGCCCACGCUGGCACCACCUCGCGCCUGGCUGCCGCCUCUGCCCACCACCCCCACCCUCGAGGUGAGCCUGCUCCCCGAUCUUGUUUUCCCAAUGCAUUUAUUGCCCCAAUCCCCACGGCCUCAUCCAACCUGA